AAAGAGGAUUUAGAUGAGAUGACGCGGGUCUCUUAUAGCUUAACCAAAGUCCUGGGUUCGAUCACUGACUUGGAUAUGCAGUAGUGUUAAAACUUCUGAGAAAAGUUUGCCACCUAUUUAGAUCUCUCAAAACUCCAGGGAUUAGUCUAUGCGGUUGCGCGCAUAGAUACCCAGAUUUACAACAAAAAGAAAAAAUAUUUUCUAUGUUGUUUUCGAAAUGCAGAGGAGUUGUUCUCGCUCUCUAUCUAUCCAUCAUUCUCUGUCUGUCUCUGUACUAGAAAAUCUAGUCUAAGAACUCUAUAACGAUUCACUUUCAUUUUUCGUUUCCCUCCACAGAUCUCUAUAAACCCUAAUUUCUCAUCCUUUAUUCUCUUUCUCUACACACACAUUGUUUAUUUUUUACUACUUUACCCUCUCUUUUAUUACAUUCAUUCACACACACUUCAUCACCAUCAUCGAUGACUCUCAAACCUUCUAGAAUCUUCUAUUUCUUCAUGGACCAUCGCCAUUCUUCCGAUGCUUGAGUUUCGUACUCGACUACGCACAAACUCUCUUACUGGUAACGCUAAUCCGAUUACCCAGCCGACGCCGACGCCGGAAGGAAGAGACUCGUCGCUGCCACAGCCGUUCAUCGGAGUGAAAAUCAGGACACGAUCGUCGCCGUUGAAAUCGAGAAGAUUGUGAAUAGAGAGACGACGCAGGAGCCGUUGUUGGUUAAGGAAGGGACAAGAAGUUGAAAGAAGAGAAUAAGAAGAAGGUGUAGGUUAGGGUUUUAAGAUAGGAAGAUAUGGAUGAGUAUGAUAACGGUGGCCGCAGUGGCGAUAAAGCUCACGGAGCCGAUGAUGAAGGGAACACACCUCCACUUCCUGAGAAGGUUCAAGUUGGUGGUUCCCCGACUUAUAGACUCGAUAGAAAACUUGGGAAGGGAGGAUUUGGUCAGGUCUAUGUAGGUCGACGCAUUGGAGCUGGUUCUGGUGCCGUUGAGGUAGCAUUAAAAUUUGAGCAUAGAAGUAGCAAAGGGUGCAAUUAUGGACCUCCGCACGAGUGGCAAGUUUAUAAUACAUUAGGUGGUAGUCACGGUGUUCCGCGAGUACAUUACAAGGGACGGCAAGGUGACUACUAUAUUAUGGUCAUGGAUAUGCUUGGCUCUAGUCUAUGGGAUGUUUGGAACAACAACUCACACUCGAUGUCUACUGAAAUGGUGGCAUGUAUUGCAAUCGAGGCUAUCUCCAUAUUAGAGAAGAUGCAUUGUAGAGGAUAUGUGCAUGGUGAUGUAAAGCCUGAAAACUUUUUGCUUGGACCCUCGGGAACCCUUGAUGAGAAAAAAUUGUUUCUGGUUGAUCUUGGAUUAGCAACUCGGUGGCGUGAUAGUUCAACUGGCCUUCAUGUUGAAUAUGAUCAACGCCCAGAUGUAUUUAGGGGCACAGUUCGUUAUGCCAGUGUGCAUGCACAUCUUGGUAGAACAGGUAGCAGGAGAGAUGACUUAGAAUCUCUUGCUUACACACUUGUCUUCCUUCUUCGUGGUCGGUUACCUUGGCAAGGAUAUCAGGGAGAAAAUAAAGGAUUUCUUGUCUGCAAGAAAAAGAUGGCAACUUCUCCCGAAGCUUUGUGUUGUUUUUGUCCUGCCCCUUUCCGGCAGUUUGUUGAAUAUGUAGUGAAUUUGAAGUAUGAUGAAGAACCAAAUUAUGCUAAAUAUAUAUCCCUUUUUGAUGGAAUUGUGGGUCCAAAUCCCGCCAUUAGGCCACUAAAUACCGAGGGUGCUCAGAAGCUCAUAUGUCAGGUUGGGCAAAAGAGAGGACGAUUGAUCAUGGAAGAGGAUGACGAUGAACAACCAAAGAAGAAGGUCCGAAUGGGACUGCCAGCAACACAGUGGAUUAGUGUUUAUAAUGCUCGUAGACCAAUGAAACAAAGGUAUCAUUACAAUGUGUCUGAUGAGCGGCUUUCCCAACACAUUGUAAAAGGAAAUGAAGAUGGUUUAUUUAUUAGCAGUGUGGCUUCUUGUGCGAAUCUUUGGGCGCUCAUUAUGGAUGCAGGCACUGGUUUCACAGCACAAGUUUAUGAACUCUCUUCCAGUUUUCUUCACAAGGAAUGGAUUAUGGAACAGUGGGAUAAGAAUUAUUACAUCAGUGCCAUAGCUGGAGCUAGUAAUGGGUCCUCAUUGGUUGUAAUGUCAAAAGGGACCCAAUACACUCAACAAUCCUAUAAAGUCAGUGACUCAUUUCCAUUUAAGUGGAUCAACAAAAAAUGGAGAGAAGGAUUUUACGUCACUGCUAUGGCCACUGCUGGCUGUAGAUGGGCAAUUGUAAUGUCCCGUGGUGCUGGAUUUUCAGACCAGGUUGUGGAACUUGAUUUCCUGUACCCUAGUGAAGGUAUUCAUCGAAGGUGGGAAAACAAUUAUCGCAUUACUGCAACUGCCGCGACGCCUGAUCAAGCUGCUUUUAUUUUAAGUGUCCCAAGAAGAAAACCACCUGAUGAAACUCAAGAAACGCUCCGCACAUCUGAUUUUCCUAGUACUCAUGUUAAGGAAAAAUGGGCAAAGAACCUCUAUAUUGCAUCUAUUUCUUAUGGGAGAACAGUUUCAUAAAUGGCUGAUAUUUUUUGACACUCCAGCUGACAUCAUUUUGACCUAUUGCAAGAUCCUGUUUGCGCACACAUCGUUGAGUUGGGAACUAAAGAUCCUCCAUGACAAAUUUCCUGAAGAAUGCAGUUCAGCGCUGAUGUAUGCAAUAUGCUACACCUUUCUUUAUGGUUGCCAUCACAUUAUAUGAUACAAAAUUUAUGCACCGAAUUUCAAUGCUGUCAAAAAUGAGUUGUGAGCAAAAUUAGAUCUUGUGUCAAUUUGGACAACUCUUUUAAUAUGAAGUUUGUACAGUUCUAAACAGUAAUUAUUAUGUUGAAGGCAGUGGGCACUAGUUAUGUUUUUGUUUGAUGGUAUUUUGCAAAUAUGCAACUGUAGUUUUCCAGUUGGAACUGGGCACUAUAAGCAGGGCAACCUUGUGCUUGUCCCUUUUUAUCCCUACCUCUUUUGACUUAAAGCUACUACUGGGCUUCUCAUUGUCUGAAUUUGACCUUAAUGAACAAGUUCCUCUCUCUGCCAGCAGUUUGUAAUAGCUUAAUCACUGUGAUCACAGGUUAUUAUUGUUGUUCUAGUCUUUUUUAGGUGGUAAUCAUAUAUUAUUUUUAGCUUAAUUAUAUGUGGAUUGGUUUCUUUGGUU